AUGGCUGCUCCUAUUACCUCAAGGACGGAGACUCUCCAGAAGUUCCUCAAGCUUGAUCAGAAGGGUAUGAUCAUGGCUGAGUACGUCUGGGUUGAUGCUGAGGGUGGUACUCGAUCCAAGUCCCGAACUCUCCCCGAGCAGGACUACAAGCCUGAGGACCUUCCUGUCUGGAACUUCGACGGUUCAUCAACCAACCAAGCACCUGGCGAGAACUCUGAUGUCUACCUCCGACCCUGCGCCGUCUACCCGGACCCUUUCCGUGGAUCUCCCAACAUCAUUGUGCUCGCCGAGUGUUACGAUUCAGACGGUACUCCCAACAAGUAUAACUUCCGCCAUGACUGCUUGAAGGUCAUGAAGACAUACGCCGACGAGGAGCCUUGGUUCGGUCUUGAGCAGGAGUACACCCUGCUCGGUGCUGAUGACAGACCCUAUGGCUGGCCCACUGGUGGUUUCCCUGCUCCCCAAGGAGAGUACUACUGUGGUGUCGGUACCGGCAAGGUUGUCCAGCGAGAUAUCGUCGAGGCUCACUACAAGGCCUGCUUAUACGCCGGUAUCCAAAUUUCUGGAACAAACGCUGAGGUUAUGCCUGCCCAGUGGGAGUACCAAGUCGGUCCCUGCACCGGCAUCGAGAUGGGUGACCAGCUCUGGGUUUCUCGCUUCUUCCUUCACCGCGUUGCCGAGGAAUUCGGCGCAAAGGUUUCUUUGCAUCCUAAGCCCGUCCAGUCGGGCAGCUGGAACGGAGCUGGUUUGCACUCGAACUUUUCCACCAAGGCCAUGCGUGAAGAGGGCGGUAUGAAGCUGAUCGAAGAGGCGUUGAAGAAACUCGAGCCUCACCACGCUGAAUGUAUUGCUGAGUACGGCGAGGACAACGAGCUUCGCCUCACUGGCAACCACGAGACUGGUUCCAUUGACCAGUUCACCUGGGGUGUUGCCAACCGUGGCACCAGCAUCCGUGUUCCUCGAGAAACUGCUGCCAAGGGUUGUGGUUACUUUGAGGACCGUCGUCCCGCUUCCAACGCUGAUCCUUAUCGGGUCACAAAGGUUCUCCUUCAGUUCUCUAUGGAGUAA